AUGGAUCGCAAUCCUGCCUGCAUCCUGUGCCGCGGUGUCAAGGUCAAGUGCGUCAAUGACAAUGACCUCAGUCAACCGUGCCAGCGAUGCCGCCGACUGGAUGUCCCAUGUGCAUACUCGAAAAAGCGCAGACGCUUAAAGGCUGGAGAACGUGCAGCUGAAUCAUUGAUACCGGCGACAAUCCAUCCUUCGUCGUCACUCACCUCAGACCGCGAGCGUGCAGGACCUACGUCCUCCUUGCCCGUCUCCGCCAUUGCAGCAGCCGACACCCCAGGCCAUCUGUCGCACCCUCACUCGCACGGACAGUCGCCGCUCGGGGGCGUCGGGCCGUCCGUCACCGAGUCCCAUUUGCGGCGUACCCUCCCACGCGCGUCGGCCAUCCCCGACGAUGCAGACAGCGCAAAGGGAACAUGGCAUGAGCUCGAGAUUGCUACAGGCGUCGAGGCAAGUCUUUCCGUGUCGACCGGCCGCCAAAGGCGCAACCUGUUGGACGAUCCAAUCGUUGUCGGAUACCUGACCGAACACGAGGGAGCGCGCAUGGUCGAGCUGUAUCACCAGUACCUCAACCCAGGUAUUGCUCUUCUGGACCCCUACCUCCAUUCAUUCACUUACCUCCGCGAGCACUCGGCGCUCCUCCUCUCGGCGGUCCUUGCCGUGACGGCCAAGUUCUUCCACAAGGAGCUGUAUCCACGUCUGGGAUCACACUCUCAGCGUCUCAUAUCCCGCGCCGUCGAACAAGGCACGUGUACAACAGCAAUCGUUCAAGCCAUUCUCAUUAUGGUCUAUUGGAAGGAACCGAGGGACACGUCCGCGUGGAUCAAAAUUGGACUGGCGAUCCGAAUGGGAUACCAGCUUGGGUUCCACACUGGCAACAUUCCAGACACGCCCCUCGACGACGAGCUUGCGCUACGCGAAAAGCUAGACCGGGAACGAACGUGGUUCGCGUUGGUAGCGUUUGACAAGACUUAUGCUGGUACAUUCAACCUCCCAAAUGCCAUCAAGGACAGCGAAUAUGGUGACAUGGAACAAUGGAUCAACGACCAUGGCCACUUGGACAUUGACAAUGACUUGCGCCUGUGCUGCUCCUUGGAAACCCUCGUCUUGUUUGACGGCGUUCGCGCAUGGCGAGCCGAAUGUCGCGCCUUGUCACCCCGCCAGGCCCUGCUGCAGGUAGAGGGUCUGUUUGAUCGGACGCAGCAGCUCUACGCCAAGUGGUGUAACCGCGGCCCAGGUCUCCCGCGCGGUUUGGGCGAACGACAGAAGGGUAUAAUCACCUUUGUGCUUCGACACGUACUGUUCCAACUACGCUUUGGCAUGCUCAACUUUGUUCCACCAGAGCAGGUUGAGAUGGUGCUUUCCGAAUGUGUCGACCGCGCCGCAGCCUACAUUGAAAUCCUGCGCAUCGUCACACGCAAUGGCACAUGGUCGUUCCAGCAAGACAUUGCCAGCGUCAAGACGGCUGCUUCUGUUGUCAGCAUGCAAUCGCUAUACUACCGUGUAUCCAGUGAACAGCGUCCCAUCGUCCUCGGCAUCAUACAGGAGAUGCACCAAUUGUGUGUCAACGUCGCGGAUAACCAAGCCAACUCGCCUAGUGCGUUCGUGGGGCGUUUCCUCGAGAAGGUUCUCAGCAACAUUGAGGCUGGGAUAUUGCAGGCUGAGGCUGAGGCCGCGGCAGAGCAAGCUCGAGUGCAAGCGCAAGCCGCAGCCCAAACCCAAACCGAAGUGUCAAUGGCUACACUUCUCGCCACCAAACGGUCGCGCUCACCGACCCCCGAGGUACCUGUCGCAGCCUCAGAGUCGAGCGGCCCGGUCGACCAUCUCGUAUUUGGCGACCUCACAGAGUUCCUUGGCAUGACUGGCAUGUCGCUGGGUGACACAGGCUCGACCGACGAACAGUACUGGUCUUCACUUAUGGCAACCCUCCCCCUCAGCAUCAACGACUUUGUGUAG